AUGGCACUGACGUGCGUCCCAUGCAAUCGACAGUUCGCCUCCGACCAGGCUCUGCAGCAACACACCCGCGAUUCUCCAGCCCAUUCCGCGCCAGUCGCCCGCCGUGACUGCAUUCGCAACUUCGCCUCCGCUGAGGCCCACCCGCAACAAAUUCGAGCCUCGCCUGCCCAUCACAAAGCCGUCAGGCCGAAUCAGGUCUCAUUCGACAUGCGGCCCUCGCUGCACGACGAAGUAACGCGCUUCCUCGCAGAUUACGGCAUCUCCUUCAGCUUCCUCGCAAGCGACAACUCCAGAAAGUGUGUUCGCGAAUUCGACUCGCCUGUCAUCGGGUCAUUCGUAUGCACCAGCAGUGCUUGUGGGUUUCGCAAAUGGACGAGCAAGCAAGUUGCCAUCACCAUCCGCAUGUACAAGGGGCAGAAGUACAACGUGAGAGUUUACUAUCAGCGCUGUGAGAAGUGUCACUCCCGUCGUCGCCCCAAGCUGGAUGUGGGGGUGUACGCAGAUCGGGUGGCGUACCGUUUGGCGAAAUGGUCGGGAGUCGAUGUGGAGGAUCGUCGGGGCUCAGGCCGCAGUGAGAGACCACACCUGAUUGAUCUGUGCGAAGGAUGUCGCAAUGGGCACUGUUGGGUGAAGAGGGCCAGACUGCAGGGCUUGAGGGUCGAGUCAUAA